AGAAGAAAUCUCCCGCCCCAUCCGCUGUUCUUUUUAAACCGAGGCGGGACGCGGCGCUCCGCUCACUUCGGUCAGUGUAGUUGUUGUUGAAUCAUCAUUUGACUCCCCAGGUCGCUGCCAAUAUGGUGAGGACUAAAGCCGACAGUGUUCCCGGGACAUACAGAAAAGCUGUUGCAGCUUCGGCACCCCGGAAGUCUCUCGGCGCCAGUUCAGCCAAUUCCUCCGCCGCCUGCAGCAGCCAGUGCGCCACACCUGCAAAGGGCAAAUACGCCGGCGGUAACCCGGUGUGUCCCCGUCCCACGCCGACCUGGCAGAAGGGCAUCGGGGACUUCUUUGGCGGCCCCCCGAGGAAGCCCGAGAAGGAGAACCAGAGGCCCCAGGAGGUGGAUGAUGGCGAAGAGGCCGGAGGCAGCGGGAUGUCAAAGGCCAGCAGGAAGUAUGUCAGCCACACACACACACACACACACACACACACACUAAAGUGUGAAUAUUUAGUGUGUGUGUGUGUGUGUGUGUGUGUGUGUGUGUGUGUGUGUGUGACAGAAUUUGGGGUAUUUUUGCUCUAAAGUGACUGAAUCCAGGAGAUUGAAUGGUGUUGCAUUCAGGGCCCUCUGAUGCUGACUCACUGUAAACACUGCGAAGGAGACUUGUGAUUUAAUGUUGUUUCACUGUGUGUGUGUGUGUGUGUGUGUGUGUGUGUGUGUGUGUGUGUGUGUGUGUGACAGAAUUUGGGGUAUUUUUGCUCUAAAGUGACUGAAUCCAGGAGAUUGAAUGGUGUUGCAUUCAGGGCCCUCUGAUGCUGACUCACUGUAAACACUGGGAAGGAGACUUGUGAUUUAAUGUUGUUUCACUGUGUGUGUGUGUGUGUGUGUGUGUGUGUGUGUGUGUGUGUGUGUGUGUGUGUGUCUGUCUGUCUCUGACUUUGUGUCCAAACAGUGUUAAUGUGACUGUUUAAGAGUCAGCAGCACUCAGUUUAUUAUCAACGUGCUCUGACUGCAGGGAUUAAUUACAAUGUGUAUUUUAUGUUGAAAAGCUGGUGUGGACACUGUUUCCUGUCAGGCUGACAUACAGAGGUUACAGUUCAAUAUACUGUGAUACGUUAAUCAAUCGUUAUAUAAUACUGAUAUUAAAACAAACACGUUCAAACCUCCUCAAACAGGCAGCAGACUCACUGACAGAGAUUAUCUUUAAUAACGGACCCGAUGAAUCCGUCCUAUCAGCUGAUGAUGAUUCUCUGCAGGUUUCCUUCUUAUUGGACUUAAAACAGCUUCACAUAGUUUCAGAUUAUUAUUAUAAUAUUCAAACAGGUUGUAGUUUCUCUUUAAAACUUCUUCUUCUCGACAUUUUGUUCAUUUGUGACAUUUUUUAAUUUAAGUUUAGACAAAAUUCUGAUUUCUAAAAUACAGAAUGGAUCAAUAUAUCAGGAAAUAAUCAAACUGCAGUGAUUGAGUUCACUGUUUGUGUUGGGUCUCCUGAACCAGAUCCAUUCAGUCCGCUCUGAUAACUCACUGGAACCAACCACAGAGGUUCUGAUGUAUCUCUCUGGGUUCUGAUGUAUCUCUCUGGGUUCUGAUGUAUCUCUCUGGGUUCUGAUGUAUCUCACUGGGUUCUGUAGGUUCUGAGGUAUCUCACUGGGUUCUGUAGGUUCUGAUGUAUCUCACUGGUUCCUGUAGGUUCUGAUGUAUCUCACUGGUUCUGUAGGUUCUGAUGUAUCUCACUGGUUCUGUAGGUUCUGAUGUAUCUCACUGGUUCUGUAGGUUCGUGGUUUUUCAGUGAGAACUUCCUGAUCCUGUGUUUGUUCUGCUGACCUGGUGGAUUUUGUCCUGCAGGUCCAGACCGCUGCCGGCUGAGGAAGAGGAGGACGAGGAGUGAAGAGGAUGAAUGAAUCUGUUAAUGGCUGUCGGUUCUGUCGGUUCUGUCGGUUCUGUUGGCUCCAUUUUAAUGUACAUCUGUAAAUAAUUCCUGAUGAAUUCACUUUGUAUAGUUCAUUAAACUUUGUUUUUUAUGAUUCUUAA